AUGGACCACAACUAUCCCAGCGAAUACUCGCUCGACAUCCAGGGCGAGACGAGUCAAGAGUCGACCCUCGCAGGUGUUCGCGCCGUCGUGGCCCAGCUCGAGGACGAUCUAAAGGCCAGAGGGACAAAACUCAGCGGACGAAUUAUCCACGUCACGCAUUAUCUGCCCAUCAUCACCUCGCUCAGAGCUCCCGCCACCGCAACCGACAGCGCAGAUGCUCCGGGUGCACCAGCGAGCCCUCCAAAGACGCCCGUCAAGGAUAUCGUAUCCCUCGAGGCCGAAAAGGCGCACAAAACUGUGAAUCCUCCAGAAGAGACUAUUCUCUCGCCGACAGUCAAUGACAGCAAUCCGACGCUUUCGAUAAACUCAAACUCGAAAUGGCAGCUCGCUCCCCGUAGAGGCCACACAGCCAUGAUCUCCGGCAUCCGAUCCUUGUGCGCCACCCACGAACAAGUCAUUCUCGCUUGGACAGGCGACAUUGAGACCACGCCGACACCAGGCUCGAGUCAGCGCCGUGCUGUCCCAACGAGCACUCUGACGGAUGAAGACAAAAAGGAGAUUACCACAGAGAUUACAAACUACCAGUCCGUUUUGGAUGGUGGUGAGGGCAAGCAGAAGAUUAACUACGUCCCAGUCUUCUUGGACGACAAGAUUGCACACGGACACUACGAGGGGUAUUGCAAGACCACCCUCUGGCCACUCUUCCACUACCUCCUCUGGCAAGACGUUGCAAAGGAAGUCACCCCCGAAUCUGAGCACUGGACCGCCUACUUGCGCGCCAAUGAGGCCUAUGCAGAGAAACUAGCAGAGAUUUACCAGCCAGGAGAUCUCAUCUGGGUACACGAUUACCAUUUGCUCCUCCUCCCAAGAAUCUUCAAGAGCUACUCCAAGACGACGGCAGAUGCCUAUGUUGGCCUGUUCGUCCACACGCCUUUCCCUAGUUCAGAGGUGUUCGCUGCUUGCCGAGUGAGACGUCGCGAAAUCUUGGACGGCAUGCUCGGUGCUAACCUUGUCGUGUUCCAAAAGUUUUCGUAUGGACGCCACUUUGGUUCGUCGUGCGUUCGUGUCUGCGGAUACGAGAGCGUGCAUGGAGGAAUCGAUGUCGCAGGUCAGAUUACGCGCAUCUUGCAUUGCUCUGUCGGAGUAGAUGCAGAUCGCAUCCAUCAGGACGUACUGCGUCCCGGUGUCGCGCCCAAACUCGCCACGCUUCGCUCGCUCUACGAGGGCAAGAAGAUCAUCAUUGCCCGCGACAAGCUCGACGUCGUCAAGGGAAUCGUCCAAAAGCUCAAGGCGUUUGAACGCCUCCUCAAGGACUAUCCACAGUGGCGUGGAAACGUUGUCAUGAUCCAGGUCACAUCUCCUAGUUUGACCGAUGAGCCCAAGCUUGAGAGACAGGUUUCCGAGUUGGUCGCGCACAUUAACGGCGAUUAUGGUAGCUUGGACUUUAUCCCAGUCCAUCAUUACCACCAGACGAUCAAAAAGGACGACUUUUACGCGCUCUUGUCUGUCGCCGACCUCGCACUCAUCACGCCGUUGCGUGACGGUAUGAACACGACAUCGAUGGAAUACGUCAUUUGUCAACAGAAUACGAACAAGGCACCGCUCAUCUUAUCCGAAUUCAUGGGUAUCUCGCAUACCAUGUCAGAUGCAUUGUAA